AUGACUGGUACCUGUGCCGAAGUGGUAAGAUCCAUUCUCCGAAACCAUUGCGACGGUGCGCAAAACGAGCUUGACUACGUUGAGCUUUUCCUCGACUUCGAGAAUGCCAAGCCUACAGAGCCCGAAAAAGUCAUCUACGAAAAGUGCCAGAGAGUACUGGAAUCGGGGACGAAAAUACUUGAAAAUGCCCAGACGUAUGGAAAAGGUGCUACUGAUGAAGUUCGUCUAGCUCUUCAAAAUCCUAAUGUUCCACAAUUGCAACUGGAAGCUGCUAAUACGGUUGAUUCGUAUGUUCAACGUGUUAAAAGCUACUACGAGCUGUCUCUCCAACUCGAAGAGUUGGUACCGGAACUAUUAUGGGAUUUAUGCUCCACAUCAUUACCACCAGAGGAGCAACUCGAUAAUCGUCAAGCUUUAGCAACUCAAUUGGCUCGUAUUGUCGACUUUGUUCUUCAAUUCGACAACAUCAAGAUGUGCACACCAGCUCUUCAAAACGAUUUCAGUUAUUACCGUCGAAGCAUGAAGCGUAAUGAGGUUGAUCCUAGUGAAAUUGAAUUGGCAAAUCAGAUAUCGCUCUUCUUGGCUAAUUCAACUCCGAUGUUGAACACUCUGUCAAAAUCUUUUAUCAAUUUCGUUCAACUGCAUCCUCAUCUGCCACUCUCCAACACAACCGACACAAUUGCGACGAUUGUCAGCGUUUGUCGAUUCAUGAUCUGCUGUCCAGACAUCUGUGCUCGUUUAUCCGAAGCCACUAGAACUUUUUGCAUUAGGGUGAUGGUGGGAUGCUCUAUAGUGUACGACCACAUUGAUGAAUCAGGCAUUUUCGCGAGAGAAUCUCCGAUUAACAUACGAGGGGUUGUGAAAGUUCUCAAAGAGCAUUGUGAGCCUGAUCAGGCGACAGCUUUGAUUAAUGCUCUCAAAUUCACAUCGAAAACGUUCUUCAGCCCUACCACACCCAAAUGGGCGAAAGCUUUACUGCCUUAA